AGAGUCUACACACCUCCGACGCCGCCUUGUCCCUUUUCUUCUGUUCUUGCCAUGGCCUCUCGGUGUUCGAACGCACUUCGCGCGAUCUCUCGAGCACGAACAGUGACACGGAGCGCACCGAGGGCACGAUGGAUGGCCACCGCGGCCGAGCCGGCCGCAAAGGCAGACGCGCCUCCGCCCCCACCGCCCGCCACGUCGUCCAACCCGAAAAUUAACCAAAUAGUGGACGACAUCUCGGGCCUGACCCUCCUGCAAGCGGCGGACCUCGUGACGGUGCUCAAGUCGCGGCUGAACAUCCAAGAAAUUGCCAUGCCCGCGGCUGCUGCUGCACCCGCAGCAGGCGCCGCGGCCGCGCCAGCGGAGGAUGCGCCGAAGGAGGAGAAGCCGAAGGAGAAGACGAUGUUCAACGUCAAGCUCGAGGCCUUCGACGCUGCUGCGAAGCCGAAGGUCAUUAAGGAGGUUAAGGCGCUCGUGCCCAACUUGACUCUCAUUGAGGCCAAGAAGUUCGUGGAGUCGCUCCCUCAGACACUGAAGGAGAAUAUUCCGAAGGAGGAUGCCGAGAAGCUAAAGGCGACAUUCGAAAAGCUGGGUGCCACGGUGAAGCUAGACUAAUCUGCCAUCGGUGUCCUCGUAUUCGCAUCUCCUAUAUCUUACAUACAGCUGUCAAUUAUUUGCGCUUUACAUUGUCAGAGCACCAAACUUGUCCAACAUCAAUGCAACACGCAUCACCACUUUCCCCAUAUU